AUGCAAAUUUUCGUCAAGACUUUAACUGGUAAGACCAUUACCUUAGAAGUUGAAUCUUCAGACACCAUUGACAACGUCAAGUCUAAGAUCCAAGACAAGGAAGGUAUUCCACCUGAUCAACAAAGAUUAAUCUUCGCUGGUAAGCAAUUGGAAGAUGGUAGAACCUUAUCUGAUUACAACAUCCAAAAGGAAUCCACAUUACACUUGGUCUUAAGAUUAAGAGGUGGUGGUAAGAAGAGAAAGAAGAAGGUCUACACCACCCCAAAGAAGAUUAAGCACAAGCACAGAAAGCACAAGUUAGCUGUCUUAACCUACUACAAGGUUGACAACGAUGGUAAGGUCGAAAGAUUGAGAAGAGAAUGUCCAUCUAUCACUUGUGGUGCUGGUAUCUUCAUGGCUGACAUGAAGGACAGACAAUACUGUGGUAAGUGUCACACUACCUUCAAAUCUAACUAA